GCUGAUAACCUUGUACACCGAAGGAAGAGGUUACUUUGGAGAAAUCAACUGUGUCCCUUCCCCAAAGCUUCUAUGGGAGUCACAGUCCUGACCCUGCCCACUGAGAUGUCCUGCCAGCAGAACCAGCAGCAGUGCCAGCCCCCUCCCAAGUGCCCCACCCCCAAGUGCCCCCCCAAGUGUCCCCCAAAGUGCCCCCCAGUCUCUUCCUGCUGCAGUGUCAGCUCUGGGGGCUGCUGUGGCUCCAGCUCUGGGGGUGGCGGCUGCUGUGGCUCCAGCUCCGGGGGUGGAGGCUGCUGCCUGAGCCACCACAGGCGACACAGGUCCCACCGCCACAGACACCAGAGCUCAGGCUGCUGCAGCCAGCCCUCAGGGGGCUCGGGCUGCUGUGGAGGGGGCAGCAGUCAGUCGUCUGGAGGCUGCUGCUGAAGUGGACUCUGAGCCAAGAAGAAGAUACUUGGGGAUAGCCAGUGGCCAAACCCUUCCUCUUGGUCCUGCUCCUCCUGGGCCUGCCCAAGGGAUUAAGUUGUCUCAGUGAAGGUUCUGAGCUCUGGGCUGGCGGGUUCCUCUGCUCUGGGAUUCAGAAGGCUAAUCCUCUCCCAUAUUCCCCCUGCUGACCUCUGACACCAGUUGUUAUCUGGCCUGGGAUCCCCAAACCACAGACUCUCCCAGCUACUCUCCUUGCUGUCUGCUCCUAAAGUGAAACAAUAAAACAAGAAAUCGGCUCACCAUCCUGUUCCAA